GUUUACAGCCAAUCGUGUACGAGUCACGAAAGCUGCACCCGCCCGAGCGAAACUAUCCGAUACACGACAAGGAAAUGCUCGCGAUCGUGCACGCGUUCAAAGUGUGGCGUUGCUACCUGACGGGCGCGGACAUGACAGUACGGACAGACCACCGAAGCCUACAAAUCCCAUCCGCCAUCAUUUUGGAUCGUGACAUGAAAUUCACUAGCAACUUUUGCCGCAACCUCUGGGAACAGUUUGGCACACGCUUGCAAUUCUCCUCAGCCUACCAUCUCGAGACUGGUGGACAGACCGAACGGGCCAAUCACACAAUGGAGCAGCCGAUUCGUGUCACCUGCGAUGACGUGGCCGACUGGGAGCAGCAAGUGCCACUGAUUGAGUUCGUGUAUAAUAACGCCCCGUCAGCCACUAUACGACAAUCACCAUUCUACCUGAACUAUGGGCAGAACCCUACAUGACGGAAAUUAAUGGGCUUCAAAAUC